AUGGCCACUACACGUUUUCCCGGGAAAAGUGUAGACGCGAACUGGAGCUCUCCGACGUUAGACCGACUUGCAUGCGUGAACGGGACGCCGUGGAUCCUACACUUGCUGGGGGAGUGCGUCGAUAACGUGUGGGAGUACAGCAGUGUUGUGAUCGGACUCAUAUCUAUGGUCUGCUUUCUGCUAUCCACUUUGCCUCAGGUUCAUGAAUCCUAUCGGAGUGGUAAAGUGGAUGAGGCCAUGUCUUUUGGCUUCCUCUUCUUCCUUUUUAGUGGUGACGUCACAAGCUUUGCAGGCUGCUACCUCACCAGACAGUUGCCAAUUCAGGUGGUCACUGUGGUUUUCUAUAUCUUCACAGACCUGAUUCUCAUCUCUCAGUUUAUUUACUACAAGAUGAAGAACAACUCAAGAAGAAAGAGUCCUGUGUUGAAAUGGCUGUGUUUCCUGUGGUGUGGUGCUGCAACACUCCUCCUGUUGUUUUUACCCACACUCCUCGUAGACAAUAUUAAAACCUCAGACUCCACUAGCCCAAUUCCAUCCAAAUCAUUUGAAGUUUCUGGUUAUAUAUGCGGAUACUUGGCCACUGUAUUCUACCUAUCAUCUCGCCUUCCACAGCUCUAUAAAAAUUUCCGUAGGCAAUCUACUGAGGGCACAUCCUACCUGCUGUUUGGACUGGCAAUGAUGGGCAAUGGGACAUAUGGAUUGAGCGUAAUAAUGGUCCUACCAGCACUAAAGGACUCGAAACAGAAUUUCAUCAUCAAGCAUCUGGCGUGGCUUAUAGGCAGUAUGGGUGUCCUAAUUUUAGACUUCUUUGUAACGAUCCAGUUCAUUGUGUACAGAAAGAAUAAUCCUGCCAAAAUACACACACCACUCACUCCACUGGAAGUUGACCCUCUCCUGUGUGAUGAAGAGGAGCUUUCAGUCUUUUAA